AUGUUAUUCUGUCCUAUUUGUCACAGCAUUCUUUUCCUGAAAAAGUCCGAAAGUUCGGCAGCCAUUUCUUCCCGAUUUGAAUGUUCCCACUGCGGCUAUUUCUACCCUAUCACCAAAGCAAUAGUCAACACUAGUGAAUUUCCUGAGCUAAAAAAGAAGUUAACAAGCGAAUCUCAACUGAGCGAGAAUCUGGAGAAUCUGGCGGCUAAGAUAAUGGCAAUAUGUCCAACGUGUAACAAUAACGAGGCCUACUUUUACAGCAUACAAAUAAGAUCGGCAGAUGAACCAUCUACAAACUUCUACACCUGCACCAAGUGCAAGAAGAGGUGGAGGGAGUAG